AUGGCGCGCCAGGCCUCCGCGAGGGUCCUCGGCCUCCGCGACUUCGCCGACAUCCGCAUCGCGCGGACGCUCGGCAAGAAGCCGUACCUGAAGGCCCCCCGCCCCAGCGCUGAGCUGGCCAACUUCAACUUCAACGUGUCCCACGAGGGCGACUGGGUCGUGCUUGCGUCCGAGCCCCUGUGCGUGUGCGGGGUGGACGUUGCCGCCCCCGAGGCAUGCAGGAAGGGCGCGAGGACCGACGUCUUCGACGUCUUCCAGGAGCAGCUCUCCCCCGCGGAGUGGGCGGAGGUCCGCCGCAGGGCGGCCGAGGGCCCGGCUCGGCCCGGGGCGGAUCCCACCUACGAGGCCUUCCAGCGGCACUGGUCGUGCAAGGAGGCCUUCGUGAAGGCCCGCGGCGACGGCCUCGGGUUCGAGCCGCUGCGGCGCGCCGAGUUCAGCUUCGGCGACGGGGUCGCCACCGUCGUCGUGGACGGGCGCCCAAUGCCUCGCUGGCGGUUCUUCCUGCACCGCCUGGGCGAGGACCACUGGGUCACGGUGGCGAGGGGCCCGCCCGAGGACGUCGUGGACGGCGAGGGCGGACUCGCCGCCACGCUCGUGAGGAGGGCGUCGGACUUCUCCGCCGAGGCUUGGGAGGCGGAGCUCGCCGCGGACAGCCCAGCGUUCGCCGAGCUGUGCGUGGCGGAGCUGGUCCCCGACGACCGGGCCGCCGAGUUUGCCGCCAUCGUGGGCGCCUCGCCAGGCGGCCCUGGCCCCAGCGGGGCGGUGCUCUCCGACGCCUCCUAG